UUACCCUCUCAGUAGACGACUACAGGUAUGAGACUCCGAAGCUGGUUCAACGAACACAUGGCCAGCCAGUGCCAACGCCGACGCCACCUCCUAUCGGUUCACCGGCGAAGGAGGCGAGAGUUAAAUUUCUGCAACCGCUUGAUCGAUGUCUCCAACGGAUAGAUUGUCCUUCAAUGGCAACGACGCGCGAACGACUGGGGUCGAUCAACAAACACUCCAGGGAAUUUCUUUCUCCAGCGUCACAAACGAUACCGCAUGCCCUAGGCCGGCCUUCCGUCCUUGCCACGCCUCACGUCGUUGCACCACCUGGAAUGAAUGCGAUGCUCAGGGCAGCACCUGUCCUGAUAUCAACUUCGGCAGACACGGCCCCAGCAUCAGCGACAUAUCGUGCCAUUACGACCCCGAAACGUACUGCAACUCUUUCUGCUCAGCCUUGGUCGGAGCCAAUCAAAUUGUCGACGACAGCGUCUUCAUCAAAAAUCACUUCGCAAGCAAAGGAGGUCCUGCGUGUCCUGCCUGCUGGACCACAAACUCCCCAGCAGAUGGCUACCCAUAUAACUUUACCCACUGGCUCGCGAACCCAAUCCUUGUCAUUUACAAUGUCGAAUCUAGGCGCGACCUCAACAUUUAGGGAGUCAUCGUCGGCCGUCAAAUCCCUCAGGGAAGGUGAGCCACGUCAGAAGCCGGUGCCAUUCACCCAGGUGGAGUCUUUGACUCACAAGCGCGGAAAUACCACACUAACUUCAACCUCCAAAGCAGCGAACAGCUUAUAUACCGGUCAUAUCACCCGCCUGACACUGAAUAUCCCGCCAGCGCGACAGAUGUCGACGUGUUCCUGGAGCCCAGGUCGGCAGCCUGCACAUCUGGUACCAAUGUCCAAGUGUCCAGCUUCGCCCUCCGGUCGUAGACCCACGCAACGCGAGCAAUUGAAGCAUUUUCUGCAAAUAGGAAAUGCUAAACACUGUUGGUGCUGGAUUCACCUCACCAUUGACUCAAAACCUCCCAUGACGACUGAAGACGUACAGGAGGAGCUGAAACCGGAGCCGCAUCUACCACCAGCCGCUCUCCCCGGCUCGAAAUUCCGCAACGUCGUUUGCCAACGUGUUGACAGCCCUUCGCUCGAAUCAUUUGCUCUGACACUCACGCCUUUGGGUUCCGACUUCUUGGACUUAGGGAUCCAGGAGGUUUACCAUGCGAGUAAUGAUGUUACCGCGCUUCUUCCUGAUGAGUUUGAUGGUGAUUCCGAGUGGAUCAUCGACACUCCUACUGAGCCAUCUUGUGGUAGUGAGCGCCACAUCCAGGAUGAGCGCGCUCAAUAUCGCUCUUCUCCGCCCAAAGAAGGCCGUUAUCCCAAGAAUGAAACCUUCGUGGCUGCAAUGAACACCCUUGAGGACACAGCUCCCCACUCAUCUACAGCUAUCGAUGCUGGUGGAACGGUCCCGUGGACAGAGCGACCCAUAGCUCAGGCCUGGAAUACGAGGAACUGAACGUACGGAAUCUGCCAGAGAUGUAAAAAGACGUGGUACGAUGGGUCGUAGGCAGUUGGCUCGAGACGGCUCGCUGAGCUCCUGAAUCUACGGCCUGUUAACGAUUAUGCACUGGUUCUCUUAAAUGUUUGGUAUGAUAGACAUGUCAUCCCGGAAGUGGCAUAUUCAUCGUCGCGUGAUCAACUCCGCAUCCUUCCUUGUACUAGGUACUUACACAGAGGAUAAGAAUCGGGACGGCGAGAAG